CCCAGUCCUUCUGCAAUAAAGGGGAGGACACCAUUCUUUCCCUCCACGCCUGAAUCCAACUUCUAGAUUGUUCUUUCACCCGGGACAACUUCAUAUCUGACAUCUAUCUGCCGGCCAUGGACCCCAACUGUGACUGUGAAAGUGGUGGCUCUUGUACCUGUGCAGGCUCCUGCAAAUGUAAAUCCUGCCGAUGUAGCUCCUGCAAGAAAAGCUGCUGCUCCUGCUGCCCAGCAGGAUGUGCCAAGUGUGCCCAGGGCUGUGUCUGCAAAGCCCCCCAGACAGAGACCUGCAGCUGCUGCCACUGAUACUCCUGUCUCCCUGCGCUUAUAAAUAGAGGAAUUUGUACAGAUCUAGCUUUUCAUACACCAUGAAUGUGCUUUUUAUUUUGUUUCUAUGAAAUGUGUGAAUAGAAAUAAAACCAUUACAUAUCCUUCUAUCUCUGAA